AUGGCGGAUCGAAGCCUGGACGCCUACGAGGCGAAGCUGCAGGACGGCAGCGUCGACCUCAAGACCAAAGGUGCCCUGCUCACCGAGAUCCGAGACCAGAUUGAAUCAUGGAGCCAGCCGUCCACCUACCCUACCUUCCUGUCCAAGAUGCUCCCUGUCUUCGUCGACAUCCUCUCGGGUUCGCCCAGCUUCACAUCAAACUCGCCCGAGCAGAUAUGUCGACAACGGUCGCUGGAAAUCAUACACCGGCUUCCUCUCAACACGGUGGAUGGCUCGGUUAUGGAGCCUUUGGCGGAAAGGGUGGUGGACAAGUGCUUGGAAUUGAUCAAGAUUGAGAAUGAGGACAAUGCUGUGCUGUGUCUGAAGAUUGUCAUGGAUUUCUGCAGAUAUCACACCAAGCUUCCAGCAGUCGCAGACAAGGCUCAGCCAUUUCUCGACCUUAUUCUGGACAUCUUCGACGGGAUGGAGCAGACGAUAAAGGACACCUUCGAUGGCCCAUUACCCACUGCAUCACAUUCAACGGACGCGCAAGGCACGCCGAGCAACAACGGGACACCCGGAUCGCCUGUGGCAUCUACAUCACAGCCACUAGGUGCCGGCGAGGAACAGCAGUCAAGACCACUCAUCAAAGGGCUGAACAGCUUCAAGGUCGUGGCUGAAUGCCCAAUCAUCGUGGUCUCCAUCUUCCAGGCCCACCGUGCACUCGGCCCAAAGAACAUGGCCCGAUUUGCACCACGGAUCAAAACCGCGUUACUGGCAGAAGCUGAGCCUCAGAAACGGGCGCACGAAGAGGCAUCUGCGAAAGGUGACAUCUUCACUGGUGUUGCCAAGGAGAUCAAGAUGCGUGGCCAAUUGGGGGCUUUUGGGGACUUCAUCACUGCUCAAGUUAAGACUAUGUCGUUCCUGGCCUAUCUGCUCAGGGCGUAUCAGACCUCGAUGCAGGAGUUUCUGGAGUUCCUCCCCGAACUCUGUGUUCGAUUACUACAAGACGUUCCGCGAGCGCACACCGCGACGAGGAAGGAGUUGCUGGUUGCGAUUAGACACAUCAUCAACUUCAACUUCCGCGGCAUCUUCUUGCGUGUCAUCCUGCCUUUGCUGGACACCAGGACGCUCGUCGGUGAUAGUCUCACCGCGGACGUGACCUUGCGUCCACUGGCGUACACCAUGCUGGCUGACCUGGUCCACCACGUCCGGGAACAGCUGAACGCCGAGCAGAUCAGCAAAGUGGUUACCACUUACAUUUCCCACUUGACCGGUGAUGAUGGCUUUGAGGUACCGGGCACGAGCUACCAGACCAUGUCCGCCAAGCUCUUGCUCAACAUGGCUGAGUGCAUGUCCAAGAUGGAAGACAAGCGCACGGCGCGCUAUCUUAUGAUGACCGUUCUGAACGGCAUCGCGGACAAGUUCGCCGCCAUGAACCGUGCGUAUCCGAAUGCUGUCAAGCUGUCUGUGAGGCAGCAGGAGGCGGGAUCGGGGCUUGAUGCGACACCUGAGAAUUAUCUGGCAGAGGAGGACGCGAAGCCGGACUGGGAUGAGACUGACAUCUUCAGUGCGAUGCCGAUCAAGGCGGUGUCGCCGCGGGAUCGAGCCACGGAUGCCGUGACGGAAAACAAGUUCCUCUUCAAGAAUUUGCUACAUGGGCUCAAGACAUUCUUCUUUCAGCUGAGAAACAGCAACCCACAGAGAGUCAAGGACGACAUCGACGAGGCCAACGCGCCGGUCAAUUGGAAGGACCUGUCAUCCGGCUUCGAAGCUGAAGAGGUGGAAGUGCUGGUCAAACUUUUCAGAGAAGGAGCGAAAUGCUUCCAGUACUACGCACCGCUACCCACCGAGAAGGAUGGCUCAGAAAAGGACACCACAGAAGCUGUCGCCAGUUCCGCCGUGUCCAACACCACCGCCCACUCGAAAGAAGAGAAGGACCUGCUCGAGACCUUCGCCACCAUCUUCCACCACCUCGACCCAGCCACCUUCCACGAGAUCUUCAGCUCCGGCUCUCCCUCCGGCAUCGCCUACCUCUACGAGCAAAGCUUCCACCACCCAGCGCUCCUCCACGUGCCCCAGUUCCUCCUCGCCUCCGAAGCCACUAGCCCAGCUUUCUGCGGCAUGCUGCUCAAAUUCCUCAUGAGCAAGAUCGAAGAGGUUGGGGAGAAGGACCCUACGAAGACUGUACACAACGAGAGCGUCCUUCUUCCGCACGUGCGUGAGAUCAUCACGCGCAGCAUCGAGCUUUCUGUCGAUGCCGAGGAUCCGAUCAACAAUUUCUUGCUGCUGAGGAAUUUGUUCAGGAGUAUUGGCGGAGGCAGGUUCGAGCAUCUUUACAAAGAGAUCCUCCCGCUGCUGGAGAUGUUGCUCGAGGUGCUGAACACCCAGCUCGCGGCGGCGAGUGACGCGAACACAAGGGACUUGUUCGUGGAGCUGUCGUUGACGGUGCCGGCGCGGUUGAGCCAUCUGCUACCGCAUCUGAGCUACCUGAUGCGCCCGCUUACCGUGGCUCUGCGGAGUGGCGAGAGGGGUGCCGGUGAAGCGAAGGAUGGCCCACGCGGCAACAGCACGAUUCAAGGCGUUGGCUCGGCGGAGCUUACGGCACAAGGGCUCAGGACGCUGGAGCUGUGUGUGGAUAAUUUGACGGCGGAUUACUUGGACCCCAUCAUGCAGCCUUAUAUGGAGGACAUCAUGGGCUCGCUGUGGAGGAUGUUGAAGCCGGUGGGCUUGACUAGUGCGAAUGCUAUUGCGAAUGGCACGGCGCAUAUGGUCGGAACUGGUCACAGCGGCGCGCACACGGCUGUCCGCAUUCUCGGCAAGCUUGGCGGCAGGAAUCGGAAGUUCAUUACUGGACCGCCGGAUCUCGAGUGGAGAGGGUACGCUGAUGAUGAGGCCUCGUUUGAUGUACGCCUGAUUGGCGCGGUCGCCAAUGGCGGCGAGAGAGCGAUGCCUGCGAGGCUUGGGAUCGAGACGGCGAUGGACAUGCUUCGUGAACCGACGAGGGUGUCUCCGCAGCAUCAGAAGAACGACGAGCAUUACAAGCGGCAGGCUUUCAAGCUGAUUACUAGUCAUAUCAAGAUGCUCGUUGGGUUCGACAACCUACCCGACGACCUUGCCAGAUUAGUGCGGUUGCAGGCAUCAGAUCUCGCGGACAAGAAAUUCGACGCUGGCUCCGACCUCUUCUGCGUCUCCGAACGCUCGAAAAGCACCGUCAAGCGCGACGCCCAACAACAAACCAUGCUCAAGCUCCUCCAAUCCAUCAUGUUCGCCACCAGUCUCCCCCAACUCCGCGACGAAGCCGCCAAGUUCCUCCAAGGCAUCUACCGCCACUUCAUGCUCAUCGAAGUCGGCAACGCGUUUGGCAAAGAAAAGCACAAGCGCCGCCCCUACGACGUCCGCGCCGGGGACGGUCCAGUCUACAUCGAGACCGCCGUCCUCGCGGAGGCGAUUUGCGACAGCUUCGCUUCGCAUCUGGAGGAGGUGCGGGCGACGGCGGAGAAGGGAAUGCUGGAGUGCAUGGGGUUUGCGAAGACGCUUUUUGGGGACGAGAAGAGGGCGAGUGUUCUGCCGUUCUUUGGGAAGUUGGCGGAGACGUUCACGCAUGCUUGCUAUGAGGAGGAGUGGUUUAUGAAGAGGUCGGGGGCGGUGGGGAUCAGUAUUCUGAUCGACAAGGGGAGGAUGCCGCUUCCCGAUUCUUGGAUGGCGGAGCGCAUGAGCGAGAUGGUGAAGGCGCUGCUUUAUGUGAUCAAAGACAUGCCACAGGAUUUGCCGGCGAAUAUCCGGAUUCUGGCGAAGGAUACGAUCCUGGACCUCGUCAAGCGGUUUGCCAACAGCGACAGCGUGGCCAAGGCGCAGCUCAGCGACAAAGACACGAAGUUGUACGUGCUGGCCAACCGCCUCAUCGUCGAGGUCUCGCACAUGAACCGCAACGUGCGGGAGGCUUCCCAACUGGCUUUGCAGACGCUCGCGACGACGCUGGAAAUGGGCCUGCACGAGGUUGUGAAUCCUGUCAAGGAGCCGCUCGUCGCGCCGAUCUUCAACAAGCCGCUCCGUGCUCUGCCUUUCGCCGCGCAGAUCGGGUACAUCGACGCCAUCACUUUUCUGCUGGACAUGGAGCACGAGGUGAUGACGUUCAACGACGAGCUGAACCGCUUACUCUACGAGACGCUGGCGCUGGUCGAUGCGGACGACGAGGUGUUGGCGGCGAAACCCGGCGAGUACCGCACGCAAGAAUCGAUCGUGCGGCUCCGCGUCGCGGGUUUGAGGUUGUUGACGACGGCGAUUCGGUUCCCGGCUUUCAGCGCUAGUGCGCCGCAGCAGGGACAGCAGGGCGGGCAACAGCAGGGCGGUGGACAGCAUCGCGCGAGAGUCAUUUCGAUUUUCUUCAAGAGCCUUUACAGCAAGAGCAAGGACGUGCAGAGUGCGGCGAAUGCUGGGCUGAAGAUUGUGCUUACCGCGACGCAGAAGUUGCCUAAGGAUCUGCUGCAGAACGGUCUUCGACCCAUUUUGAUGAACGUGCAGGACCCGCGGAAGUUGUCUGUCGAAGGGCUGGAAGGGCUGAGGACGUUGUUGCAGCUGCUGACGAAUUACUUCAAAGUCGAAAUCGGCACCAGGCUGCUGGAUCAUAUGAACCACAUUGCGGACCCCGAGACGCUGCAGAAGGCUUCGUUCGGCCUGAUCGACGCGCAGCCGAAGAUGAAGGUCGUGACGGCGAUUUUCGCCGUUUUCCACCUCCUGCCCAGUCCCGCGGUGCAGUUCCUGACCGAUUUGGUGGAGAGAGUGAUGAAUCUGGAGUUUGCCCUGCGGCGAACCGGGAGCAGUCCAUUCAGGGAGCCAUUGGUGCGGUAUCUGAAUGCGUAUCCGCAGGAGACGUGGGCGUACUUUUCGCCGGUGCUGGGGGAGGAGGCGAAGGGGCGGCUGUUCGCGCAGGUGCUGGCGCAUGCUGAGAGUGGCGCAUUGAGGGAAAAGGUUCUGGAGGAGGCGGAGGGGUUGGUGGAGUUGAUGGGACAGCAAGAGGGGGAGGUGGCGAGGGCGCAGGCCGCGGUGAAUGGGCUGCAUGUUGCUGAUGCGGUUUGUGCGUAUCCGGAGGUGGGCAAGGCGCUGGUGGAGAAGGUGAAGGUGCGGGAAGCAUUGGUGGAGGCUGCGAAGGGGGUGAGGGACUUUCAAGCCCUGCCGCCGCAUUUGAGGCUGGCGGCUUCGCAGAGUCAGGAGCGCAUCAUGCGGAUACUGGUGGUGUAUUUUGAGAACCACACUCAGGAUCUGGACACGCUGUUCGGGGUGUUUGAGGCCUGCACGAAGGGCGAGAUGCAGGCGACGCCGGCGCUGUUCAGCUACCUCUACCGCCGCAUCAUCACGAGCGAGGACGUGGAGUUCCAGCGGGAAAUUGUCACGCGCUGCAUUGACAUCUACACCAGCAAGCAGAGCACGCAGCGGCUGAAGCUGUUUGUGUUUCAUAAUGUGACGAACCCGAUUCUGGCGAACGAUACGAUGCGGAAUUGGGAGAAGCUGUUCCAGCCGCAUAACAAGGGCACGCCGUUGCUGAACGAGGAUAUGACGAAGGCGGUGCACAACAAGCUCUGGAAACCGCAGUCCGUCACCGACAUCUCUGAAGACAGCACGCAAGGCGUCGACCACAGCCGGAUGGAACUCCUCCAGACAUCCGCGUUCCUGGUCAAGUACCACCACAACAUGCUGCAGGAUGCACGAAAGGACCUAAUAAAAUUCGGCUGGAACUACAUCCGCCUCGAAGACCACAUCAACAAGUACGCCGCCUACUGCCUCAUCGCCUACUUCAUCGCGCACUACGAGACCCCGCCCAAGAUCGCCAUGCAAGUCUACGGCGCUCUGCUCCGCGCCCACCAGGCCGAAGGCAAGAACCUGGUCAUGCAAUCGCUCGAGAUCCUGGAGCCGGUGCUUAAGAAGCGGCUCGGGGGUCCGGACGGACGGCAGAGCGUGUGGGCGCGCCUGCCGCGCAAGAUUCUCAGCGAGGAGAUUGGGAAUGUGCAGCAGUUGACCAGCAUCUAUCAGUUUCUGGUCCGGCAUCCGGAUCUGUUCUACGAGGCCCGUGAGCCUUUUGCUGGGAUCGUGAUUCAGACGCUGGGGAAGGUGGCGCAGUUGCCGAGUCCGAGUGUGGAGAGCAGGAGGCUGGCGGUCUGUCUGUUUGGGUUGGUGUGGAAGUGGGAGAGUAGGACGGUGCAGGAGAAUGGGAGUCUGGCUGCGCCCGGGACGCCGGCUGGGGAGGGUCAAGGGGGAGUGGUCGAUAAGAAGGGCGCGGUGGCGACGGCGAAUCUGAGGUUGAUUCUGGUGAAGUAUAUGGUGCAGUUCAUCGCCACACUACCGGAGCGCUACCCUGCGUCGACGAAGAAGGGCAAGGAAGGGCAGAUGCAUCCGCCGACGGAGACGGUGGUUACGUCGGUCGAUCUGCUGAGCAAGUUGCUCAGCCCGCCUUUCUGGGACGAUCUGGACGUCGAUGCUAUGUUCCCGAAGGUCACGGAGCAGAUUCUCUGCAGCGACCACAAGCAGGAUGCCGAGAAGCCGGACGUCUGGCUCACGCGGGUGGUGAAUACGCUCGAGAUUGUCAAGGUAUUGCUGAACGCCCGGUCACUGGAGUGGGUGUUCAAGCGGCUGCCGCAGCUGCAGAAGUUGCUGGCGAAGCAGUUAAGGAGUGAUAGCCAUGAUGUCCAGGAGGCGAUUCACGGUGGUGAGGACAGCGGUGCUGCGCUGACAGCUCUGCUGCCAAGGGUGCUGGAGGCGAUUCCGAACGAGGCGCCGGAGGAUGAGUUGCCGGAUGCUGAGAGCCCGACGGAGGAGUUCACCACUUUCUUGACGACGAUUGCUGGGGACGUGCUGAAUAACGGGAGUUAUAUGGCGGGCAUCAACAUCCUUUACACCAUGUCGAAGCGCAAGCCGGAGGAUGUGGAUGCGCAUAUCCCGACGCUGCUGAAGACGCUGCAGACGAAGUUGGCCAAGGAUCAUCUGGCGGCGCAGUUACCGCCGCAGCAGGCUGCUCAGGCGAUGCAGGGGCAGAUGCAGAAUCCGGCAGAGAUGGAGAUGACCGUGAACCUUAUCAUAAAGGUCAUCGAGAUGUUGUCCGCUCGCAUCUCCUCGCUGGGCGAGUCACGGAGGCCUUACCUCAGCGUUCUGGCGUCACUGGUCGAGCGCUCAUCAAACAACGCCCUCUGCUCGAAGAUCCUCAGUCAGGUGGACUUCUGGGUCUUCCAAUCUACCGAGCCAGUCCCAACGCUCAAGGAGAAGACUGCAGUGUUGCAGAAGAUGCUGCUGUUCGAGCACCGCUCCGAUCCGACCAUGUACACCAAGUUCAUGGAGCUGGUCAUCCGCGUCUACGAGGAUCCCAAGAUCUACCGCUCCGAGCUUGCCGUCAGGAUGGAGCAUGCGUUCCUCAUUGGACUGCGCAGCCCGGACGUCGAGAUGCGAGCGCGCUUCACGCAGAUCUUCGACAAGGCUCUGAGUAGGACGACGAGCAAUCGGUUCUUCAAGCUGAUUGCGGAGCAGCAGUGGGAUAAUCUGGGCGAUACUUUCUGGUUGAGCCAGAUUAUUCAGGUGAUGUUUGGGGCCAUUGAUCAGGGGACGGUGGCGAGGUUGCAUCCGGAUGAUUUCACUACUAUGCCGGCUUCGAGGGCCUGUACUGUGCUGGCUGGAGAUCCGAGAUUGGGUGAUCUGAUGUUGGAAGAUGGGUUCGAGACGCUGGUGGCAGAGGAGAGGCAGUUCAUGGUGGACGUUGCGGCGGUGAGGACGAGAGAUGUCCUGGCGCCGAUGGCGGAUCUGCAGCAUACCGAUUGGCAACUGGCGCAUGAUAUCUGGGUGGAGUACUUCCCAAUGGCCUGGUCGACGCUCUCCAGGGACGAUCGCGAGGACAUCGAGCAAGGGCUUGUGGCGCUGCUGACCAAGGACUUCCAUCAACGACAGGCGGAGCGGCGACCGAAUUGCGUGGCUACGCUGCUCGAGGGCAUUGCGAGGGCGAAGCCGGUGUGCAAGUUCCCGUCGCAUGUCAUGAAGUAUCUGGCGAAGUCGUAUGAUGCAUGGUAUGUCGCCACCACCGCAAUGGAGAACAAUGCCAUCAAGCCACCAGUCGACAGCGUCAACGUGCGGGAGAGCAAUCUGGAUGCGCUGGUCGAGCUCUACGCUUCGCUUGAGGAAGGUGACUUGUUCUACGGCACAUGGCGUCGCCGCGCGCAGUUCUUGGAGACCAACGCAGCGCUAUCGUACGAGCAGAACGGCAUCUGGGACAAGGCGCAGAGCAUGUACGAGCAAGCGCAAGUCAAAGCCCGCACAGGCUCGCUCCCGUUCUCACAAGGCGAGUACAUGCUCUGGGAGGACCAAUGGGUGCUCUGCGCGCAGAAGCUGCAGCAGUGGGAUGUCCUUGGCGAUUUUGCUAAGCACGAGAACAUCAACGACCUCUACCUUGAAUCCAUGUGGCGCAACUACGACGCCUGGAGCAACAACGAUACGCGCGACCAGCUCGACACUAUCGUCAAGUCCGUGUCUGACGCCCCAACGCCGCGGCGGAUGUUCUUCCAGGCGUUCAUGUCGUUGUUGAAGCUGAAUAAGAACUUGGAGAGUGUGAACGACUUCUCGAGGGUGUGUGAUGAGAACAUCCAGCUCUCGAUCAAGAAUUGGCAUAAGCUGCCGAAGAGGACCACGAAUGCGCAUAUCGGGUUGCUGCAGAACUUCCAGCAGUUGGUGGAGUUACAUGACGCCAGUGUGAUCUGUCAGAGCUUGGGCCAGACGACCGCGCAGAAUCUGGACGUUAAGUCACAGGAGCUCAAGGUACUGCUGAGCACCUGGCGGGAUCGCUUGCCCAACCUUUGGGACGACAUCAAUGCAUGGCAGGACCUCGUCACGUGGCGCCAGCACAUCUUCCAGCUCAUCAACACCACGUACCUCCAGCUUCUGCCGCCCGCCGGAGCCAACGCUGCGGCAGGCAACUCCUACGCAUACCGCGGCUACCACGAGACGGCCUGGAUUAUCAAUCGAUUCGCGCACGUGGCACGCAAGCACCAGAUGCCAGAGGUCUGCAUCACGCAGCUCAGCAAGAUCUACACCCUGCCCAACAUUGAGAUACAGGAGGCUUUCCUCAAAUUGAGGGAGCAGGCCAAGUGUCACUACCAGAACCGCAGCGAGCUCACCAGCGGAUUGGACGUCAUCAACAACACCAACCUGAACUACUUUGGGCAGAAUCAGAAGGCGGAGUUCUACACGCUGAAGGGUAUGUUCUUGAGCAAGCUCGGUCAGAAGGAGGAGGCGCACGAUGCGUUCGGCACUGCGCUGUUCUUCGAUAUUAAGUUGCCGAAGGCUUGGGCGGAGUGGGGACGGUACAGUGACUACCUGUUCAAAGAAGAGCCGAACAACAUUGAGCUUGCGGGCAAUUCCCUGAGCUGCUACUUGGAGGCCGCAGGUCAAUACCGAAGCGCCAAGUCCCGCAAGCUGCUGAGCCGGAUACUGUGGCUGCUGAGUCUGGACGAUUCUGAGGGCACCCUGGCGAAGACCUAUGCUAACUUCAAAGGUGAACAGCCAUGGUGGUACUGGGUCACGUUCAUCCCACAGUUGCUGAACAAUUUGUCUCGAUCGGAGGGUGAGGCGAACAUUGCGCACCAGAUCUUGACGAACCUGGCGAAGACGUACCCGCAGGCGCUUCACUUCCAUCUCCGGACGAGCAAUGAGGACAUGCAAGUCAUCCGCAAGUCGCAGGCGGCACAAGCGGCCAAGAAGCAGAGGGAAGAGGCGGCUCGGGCUGCGCGGGAAGGCGGUGAACACGUCAAACAGGAGUCGCCGUCUGCUCGUCCUUCUAGCGCUGAUGCGUCUCGGCCUGGUACUGCGCAGUCUGCGCAAGCAGAGACGCCUGGGAACGCGGCUGUCGAAGGUACCCCUAAGAAGGAAGCCAGCGACGAAGCGAAGGCCUCAUCCGACCAGGCUCGCCCGAAGAAGCCGUGGGAGUACACUGAGGCUCUGACGGUGACGCUGCGCACAGCGUUUCCUUUGCUGUACGCUUCCAUGGAGGCGAUGGUUGACCAGAUCGUCAAGAACCUCAAGUGUCCGGCCGAUGAGGAUGCGUACCGGUUGUUCGUCGCCCUACUCAAUGAUGCACUGGGCUACGUCGCGCGGUCACCGGGCGCAUUCAACCAGGAUGCCAAGCUGCCCCCGACAACAGAGAACAACAUCAACCGCUUCGCAGAUCAAGUCCUGCCUGUUCAUUUGAGGAAGGCUUUCGAAGCGGACUUCGUUGCGAAGAAGCCCAGCAUGCUCGAAUACAUCACCAAGUGCCGGAAAUGGCGAGACAAGCUGGCUGAGAAGCUCGAUCGCCGUCCGCAGACCAUCCAUCUUGCCGAGACAAGCCAUCUCAGCGGCUUCCGAUUCGUAUGGUUCGACGAGGUCGAGGUACCGGGCCAGUACUUACAGCACAAGGAUAAGAACCAGGACUUCGUCCGCAUUGAGCGCUUCUUGCCAGUCGUGCAAAUCCACAGAGGCAUUUUGGCCUGUCAUCGCAGGCUCAAGAUCCGAGGUCAUGAUGGCAGCGUCCAUCCGUUCGCCGUACAGCAUCCCGCACCGCGGCACAGUAGGCGUGAGGAGCGCAUGCUGCAGCUGUUCCGGAUCUUCAACAGUACCCUGGCCAAGAAGAAGGAGAGCAGGCGUCGGAACCUGCAGUUCCAUCUGCCGGUCAUGGUGCCGCUAUCGCCACAAAUCCGCUUGAUCCAGGAUGAUGCUUCGUACAUUACGCCGAACGGUAUUUGGGACGACUACUGCCGUCGUAACGAGGUCGAUAAGGACGACCCGUUGGUGUUCAUGAUGGAGAAGCAAAGGCAGAUACCACCAGCCAGGCAAGAGCAGUUCCAGGCGAUGAGACUGGAGUCUCUUCACCACAUCCAAGACCGCAUCGUGCCAAAGGAUCUGGUGCGAGAGUACUUCGCUGCCACGCACCCAUCGUACGACGCUUUCUGGCUCUUCCGCAGGCAGUUCUCGUAUCAGCUGGCGGCCCUCACGUACAUGACCUUCACGAUGCACAUGACCGCCCGCACCCCAGCGAAGAUGUCCAUCGCGCGCCGCAAUGGCAACAUCUGGGGCUCCGAGCUCCUACCCGGCAUCGCGCAGAACCGGCCCUACUUCCACAACUCCGAAGCCGUGCCCUUCCGCCUCACACCAACCCUCCAACUCCUGAUGGGACCCAUCCACACCGAAGGCAUCUUCACCUGCGCCAUGAUGGCCAUCGCCCGCUGCCUCACCUCCGACUCCUCCUACACCACCACCACGACCUCCUCGAACGCCAACGCCAACGGCGCCCCGCCCACCAACGGCAUCCUCGAAGGCACGAACUGCGAACUGGAACACCACCUCUCCAUCUUCAUCCGCGACGAGAUGACGUUCUGGUACACCUCCUCGCACAGACAGAAUAUCAAGGAGACGGAGUUGCGGGAGAAUGUGCAGCGCAAUGCCGAGGUGGUGGUGAACAAGGCCCUGGGGCUGACGGGGGAUCCGAGCGCGAGUGGGUUGCCGGCGAAUCAGCCCGUGGUGGAUUUGGUGAGUAAGGCGACGAAUCCGUCGAAUUUGUGUCAGAUGGAUUUGCAGUGGAUGCCGUGGUUGUAG